UGCCACCUGUCAGUGUCCAUCAGUGCCAGCUCUCAGUGCUCAUCAGUGCCACCUGCCAGUGCUCAUCAGUGCCACAUCAAUGGCACAUAUCAGUGCCUACCAGUGCACAUCAAUGCCACAUAUCAGUGCCCAUCUGAGCUGCCUUUCAGUGUCACUCAUCAGUGCCAGUCAGUGCCACCUAUCAAUGUCAACCAUCAAUGCUGCCUAUCAGUGCACAUCAGUGCCACCUAUCAGUGCCCGUCAGUGCAGCCUACCAGUGCCUGUCAGUGCCACCUAACAGUGCCAGUCAGCGCCGCCUAUCAGUUCCAGUCAGUGCCGCCU